AUGAUGAAUACAGAGUUCAACGAACUCUAUCGUGAAUGUUCAACUACCGGUAAUGAAAUGUCAUGUGCAAAUUCAUCUUAUUUUCAUUGUAAUCAAUCUUUAAAAUGCAUUUCAUAUCAUCGUGUUGGCGAUGGCUUUAGAGAUUGUUAUUAUAAUGAAGACGAAUUAUUUCCUACAUGUCAUUUGAAUGUCUCAAAUCGAUUUAAUUGUACGUCGGAUCCAACCAAGUGCUUGUCGCCUGUAGCGAUUGGUAAUACACAAUUUGAUUGUCCACAAGGAGAGGAUGAGAAAAAUGAGAAUAUAUACGGUAUCCUGCAACGAAUAUCGUUUUCAUCUAUAUGUGACGAAAUACCACACCUAGACGGAAAGGAAACUGACGAAACAAACUGUGACUGGUGGCCAUGUCAUAAUGCAUACUCACAGUGUAAUGUGUUUUGGGAUUGUCUUAACGGUAUCGAUGAACUGAAUUGUCCACAUACAGAUUGCUCAUCGAACGAAUUUCAAUGCAGAAAUGACUAUUUGAAUUUAACUUAUUGUUUACCAUUAGUUCACAUGUUCCAUAAGCGGAGAAGUAAUUGUACGGAUAAUGAAAUUAUUCAAGAACUCUAUGUCGACAAUGGAACAAGUGACAUUAGCAGAUCUUACUAUUCAUUUAACAAAUCCAAAUGUAUAACUAAAGACAACAUUUGUAAUUGUUAUUCAGAAAGAGCGAAUGUACAAGAAGAUGUAUGCCUUAAAAAUCAAAUGCUCAAUAUAGAAGUCGGUUAUUAUAGUGCAAUUCACAAAGUCAAUAAUGAUAAUACAUACUUGUGUAGUCUUCAAUCUCACGUAGACACAAGUCGUAUUUCUACCGAUCGCUUCUUGACUCCUUCGCGGCUUGGCUAUUUUCCAUCAACAACAUCUACAAGUUCCGCUCAAAAUGUUUUCGACAAAUAUGAACAGAAAAAUAAUAUACCUACAAUAGAUAUUGCACUCGCUGGGUAUUGUCAUUAUGGUGUUAUCACUCUAUUCAAGGGUGUUAAUCAAACAAAAACAUGUCUAUGUCCACCAAAUUAUUUUGGUUCUCGUUGUCAAUGGCAGAGUCAACGUGUUAGUUUGACUUUGCAAUUUAGAACACAAAGUAUUAUUUCUCCUCCAGUUAUUUUUCAAUUAAUCAUCAUGCUCAUUGAUGAGCAAAGAAACAUUGUACCAAAUCAUGAACAAAUUAUAUAUAUGCCUGCUCAUGAUUGUAAUACAAAAUUUAAUGUCUAUCUACUUUAUCCACAUCGCCCUAAAUAUUCAUCAACAAAUUAUUCGGUUCGUAUUGAUCUUUUUGACAAAUCAACAUUAGAUUAUUGGACGAGUUGGUAUUUGCCAAUUCCAUUUCAAUUUCUUCCUGUUAAUCGAAUAUCGACUCAAUUAAUCAUUCCUGAAGUACGAGAAAAUAAACUAUGUAUAUUGUCGUGUGGAAAACAUGGCGGAUGUAUGAAAUAUACAAAUAUGAACAACUCAGUUUUUUGUCGAUGUGAUCAAGGAUAUACUGGUACUUUCUGUAAUAUUACACAUCAAUGUCAAUGUUCAAAAGAUUCAUUCUGUCUUGCUCCAUCUAUUUGUGUGUGUCCUUUGAACAAGUUCGGUUCACGUUGUUAUUUGAAAAGAUCAAUAUGUCAAUCAAUAAACAAUCCAUGUCAACACAAUGGACUUUGUAUACCAAUUGAUGAUCGUAUUAAUUUACAUGGAUUUAUCUGCGUUUGUAAAGAAGAUUAUCAAGGUGAACGAUGUCAAUACAAAAGCAAUCAAAUCGAUAUUCGCAUAGAUGAGACAAUAUUAACAAUGAGUUCAUCAUUCAUUCUACAUUACAUAAUAGCAUUUGAUAGAUAUACAAAACAUGAACGAAUGACUACACUAAAAAAGAUUGCUUUCGGUUACAAUACUAUGACCAUUUAUGUACGGCAACCAUUUAAUAUUCUCUUCAUACAGAUACCUGAUGAUAAUUAUUAUCUAACUGUAUUAAGAGAAAGAUAUAUACCAUCUGAAUAUAUUCAUACUCAAGUAUUACCAAAAAAUCGAUGUUAUUCAGUUCUUGAUCUUUUUAAUGAUACUUUUCGUCAGUAUGAAUAUUUACGUCGAGUGAAAUAUUAUCCACUUUUAUGUCGUCAAGAUUCACAAUUGAUGUGCUUUUUUGAUGAAUACUACAUGUGUAUAUGUGAUAGUGAUCGUUUUUCAAAUUGUUUCCAAUUUAAUCAUACGAUGAUAUACGAUUUUAGCGGAAAAAAUCUUUGUUAUAAUGAUGGUCAAUAUUUUUUCAAUAAUGAAACCUGUUCAACAACAUUUUUUUGUGUGUGUAAUGAUUGUUACUAUGGAAAACAAUGUCAAUUUUCAACAAAAAAUUUCAUUUUCUCACUCGAUCCAAUUCUUGGAUAUCAUAUUAAACCAAGUAUUUCGUUUCGUCGACAACCAUUUAUUGUAAAAUUCAGCAUUAGUAUUACUACAAUUAUGUUAAUUUUAGAAUUAAUCAUGGGUUCAUUUUCUAUAGCAACAUUUCAAGUGAAAAAAUCAAGAGAAGUCGGUUGUGGUUAUUAUCUUUUUGCAUCAUCGAUUAGUUCAAUAUGUAUGAUUAUUGUAUUAACAAUUAAAUUUUGGCAACUUCUUCUUUCACAAAUGUUAAUCCUGACUAAUCGAUCAAUACUCUUUAUUAAUUGUAUUUCAAUUGAAAUAAUUCUUAAAUCUUGUUUAGCAUCAAGUGAAUGGUUUAAUGCUUGUGUAGCUAUUGAACGAACAUUUGGUGCAAUCAAAGGUGUAACAUUUAACAAAAAUAAGAGUAAGAUAAUAGCUAAACGAGUGAUUUUAAUUGUUAUUAUUUUAACCACAAUUACACAUAUUCAUGAUCCACUUUAUCGGAAAUUGAUUAAUGAUUUAGAUGGGGAUCAACAACGAAUAUGGUGUAUAUCUCAAUAUUCAUCUACAGUAACUAAAUACAACACAUUUAUUACUCUUUUUCAUUUUCUUGUUCCAUUUUCAAUGAAUUUGAUAGCUGCUAUAGUACUUAUUAGAGUAGUAGCUCGUAGUCGCUUUCAAGUAAAACCACAACAAUCAUUCAUGCAAAACUUUCAAUCGAAACUUAAACAACACAAACACAUUAUUAUUGCACCUAGUAUUUUGUUAUUAUUAGGUUUACCACGUCUUAUUGUUUCAUUCACCUUAGGAUGUAUGAGAUCACCACGUCAAUCUUGGUUAUACCUGAUUGGCUAUUUUGUAGCAUUUAUACCAUCAAUGUCACUAUUGUUUGUGUUUGUUUUACCAUCAAAAAUUUACAAAGGUGAAUUAGAUAAAACACUAAAGCGAUGGAUUAGACGACUCUGUCGAAGAUAUUGA